GUCGCCACCACCCCACACAUAAAACAUGCACAUUCUAUGUUCCCGUAUAAAUAAUAUUUAUCAACAAAACUUAUUUGUCCAAAAAAACAAGAAAAAUGAAGAUCUUCAGCUGGGUUCAUCGUCAAUUUCUUCGUAAAGAUGCAUAUAAGAAGGAUGAUAAUAUUAAUAAUGACAAGGUAGCAUUGCUUGAAAAUGAAGGUUUUGCCGGUGCAUGCAACGGCUGGAACGAUGGUUUACUCGCCAUUGGCACAUUUGGGGUCGAUCUGUAUCAAGAUUUUAAGCACAAAGAAGAUACAUUUAUGAGUAAUAAAGUGAUAUUCGUAGAUGUUAAUGGUGAUGAUCAUGAUCAUGAUCAUGAUCAUGAUCAUGAUGAAGAAAUGGAAAGUCCUUUGGUGCCAAAAGCUUCUAAACAUGGGGUUGAUCAUGUUGAGAAACAUAGUCUUUCACCAUGUGUUGAAGUUGCUAAAAAUAAAAAUCAUCAAGAAGAUGAUGUUGUUGUGAAAGAUUUAACUAAGGGUAAGAAGGGCGGAGAGCGAAUAACUCUUGCUGACUUGCUUCGGGUGGAUUCUGAAGAUAACUUACUCAAGAAUGACGAGUUAGCCGAUGAUCCUAAGAUCAAUGUUGGUAACAAUAAUGCUAACAAGAUUGGUAAUACUAGCACCGGAUCCAUUAAGAGUUUCUUGGUCUCAAAGGCAAAGAAGAAGCCUGGAAAAGAUGAUUCAGCUCAACCGAUCAAGAAAACAAAACAAUUUAUGAGAAAGAUGUUGAGGAAGAAGAUCCAUCCAACUAUUGGGAUUCAAAAGAUGGACGUUGGUCAUGCGCAUGCUACCUCAUGAAUGGGUCUUCAAAACUCAAGUUUGUCCACAAUGGGCGCAAUCGAGGAGUACGUGUAUUUUGCAGUUAUCUUUCAGUUAUUAUUUGCUGUUUCUGUAAUCUGUUGACCGUGUGUUUCAUUGGUUGCACUUUGUAAGUUGUGUUACGCCAUGUUAUUAACUUCUCGAUUUUUGUUAGUUUUGCUCGAUGGAACAAGCCUUUGGAUUA